GUGGUCUGUGUUCCCAGUGUGUUUUUGGCGUUAUUUUCCUUGGCCGCGUCGCGUCGUACCUACAUCGUCCCCCGUCAUUUGUACUCUACUAUUACGGACGGGGUUCGCGGCGACCGGAGCCUCCUUCUAGAGUAGAAAAAAAAAACUUUCUUAUAGUAGAUCGUAGUUAGACACGAACACACGCCAGGCAGGAGUAGCCCCCGCACGCAAAACGUAAUCGGUUUUCUUGUUUGGUUUUGAUACCAAAUGCGUAUCAGCAGAAUUGGUUGCGCAGCAGCUGUGUGUGAAAUCUAGCGGUCCGUCCGGCGUUAAGCGUUAAGCGAAAGGCGAUAAAGCGAGUGAAGCAGCAAGCAAAAGAGAGUGGCGGUUUGUGCGAUGCGUACAAUAAUUAUUGCCUCAUGUGCGCGCCGAUAAGAGCAAAGCAGGCUGUUCGGUGUGGUUCGCUUCGGUUGUCAAUAGCGAUCCGUUCGCAACAGAAUCUACAUCAACUGUUAGUAGAGGUUAGUGUUCUUUGUGGCAACAGUAGCAGCAGCAGCAGAAGGUUCCUGAAGGUUGUGAAAAGUAACACUUUUGGUCCCCGAAAGCUUCAGCAUCCAUCAAUCAGAAGCAGCAGCAGCAGCAGCAGCAGCAGCUUGCGAAAGUGUAAUGUGAAGUGAAAAAAAUAAUGCUUUUUAGUUAAAAAGUUUUACAGUUUUCUAAAUGAACGAACUCUUCGGUGCCGGACACCGGCAAUUGAAAGUAAAUCGAUGAAGAUAAAAAUUUUUGGCCGAAGUGAUAGUGAACAAACGACGACAACAUGAAAGUGGUUUGUAAGAAAAUGCCAUAUCGGAGCAUCACCGUCAUCACCGGGCACCGGGCUAGUAAAAGUGUUAAUCAGUAAAGCGCAAAAACAGCAAUCGAGCGACGACGAAUUUGGAAAGUUCGACAGUUCGCAAGAGACGACGACGACAGGAAAUCUCGCUUCGAUUAGUAGUGUACGGUGAAUCAGUGGACGAGAUAAAAAAAAGAAGAAGAAGAAGAAGGGUGCACUUGAAGAAUUCAACAGUUUAGUAGUUUCUGUAUUCAAUAUACAUAUAUUUGAAUUUUGAUUACCAUCGACAAAGAAAAACACAACAACAACAAGUGCUCUCUGCAGUGCAGUGCGGUGUGAGGCCUUUCGCUGGCCUGGUAAACAUUAUGCAGCACUCUGCUAGGAGCGGUGUAUUUUUCCACUAGGCAGCCAGCCAGCCCGACGAAGCCGGCCCGGCCGUGCCCGCACCGAACCCAGCACCGCGGCUGCGAUUGUUGUUCGACCCGGUUCGAGAAAUGCACGUUUUGAAACUUGAAAUGGCACGCGACUCCACGAUGGGACGAGACCGGGUUCUGGUGAUGCCCAGCACUGGCAUCGCACUGGAUACACCAUCGACAUCACAACCGGCGGCUGGACCGACUGACAUCAACCAACAGAUACUGGAGCUUCGCAAGGAACAGGAAAUGCAGAAGCAAAAACUCUGGCAUGCCUUCCAGGAGAAGAACAAAGAGCUGGAGAUGCAACACCGACAGCAGUUGGAGCACAAAUUCCAGCUUGCGGCCUAUCACACUACUGGCUACAUCUUCCAGGAACUGCGCGAUCAGCGCCUGGCCGAGGAAGCUGCCCAGCAGCGCGAGCGCCGCGAACGGGAAGCGAUGAAGCGCAAGGAGAAGCAGGACUUCAGCGCCAACGCAAGCUCCGAGGUCAAGCAGAAACUACAGACCUUCCUCAUUCAAAAGAAACAGGCGGCGGCCUCGAAUGGGAUGAGCUCACCAUCUUCCUAUCGAAAUUGGGGCGUCGUGAAGUCCUCCUCCGGUGAAUCGAUACCGGCCGGAGCGGUGUCCGCCAGCUCGCAUCCGUACAAAAUUCCACCACCUCCACCAUCGUCCAUCGCAAAGUACGAUUCGGACUUCCCACUGAGGAAAACAGCUUCCGAGUCCAAUUUGCUGAAGAUUCGCAUCAAACAGCGCGUGAUCGAGAAGCGCGCAAUGACCGGUCCGUUGGCAGCCCGCCGCCAGGAGCGACUCCAGCAGGCCGCCCAACGACGGCUGCAGAAGCAAUCGCAAGCCCACCAGCAGCAUGCUCAGCAGCAGCAACAGCAGGUUCAACAUUCCCAGCAGCAACAGUUGCCACAUCACCAGCUUUCCUCGAUGGCUGCCCAUCCCGCAAACUGCUCCAGUGGAACGCCGGAUUCGGGUCCGAAUUCACCGCCGGCCCUCGGAAGCCGCGGGUCGCCCUCGAACGCACCCAUCCAGGAGGAAAACGAAGACCCCCAGUACCGGUCCAGCAUCAACGAUCUGGCCCUGUUCAGCUCGCCCUCGAUGCCGAACAUUUCGCUCGGUCGGCCGCAUCUGUCCGACGCGCACUCGGCGAAUCAUAUCGCAAUGGUUCCAUUGCGACCACCGCACCCACUAGUGGCCGCCGGUCAGCCACCACCGCCACCCUCUCUGUCGCAUCAUCCUCCACCGAUACCUCCUCAUUUCGUGAAUCACCCGUCGAUGCUAACCGAGCAGCAGUUGCAGGCGGCUGCUGUAGCGGCGGCGGCCGCAGCAGCUGCAGCCGCCAGUGGUCUCUCGAUCAACCCGACCCACCUUGGAGGCAUCAACGCGGGCGUUCCCACGGUCUACGGUCAACCCAUCACCGAUGCCCAGGUGGCGCAGGCUCGCCUGCACAAGCAAGGCCACCGGCCGCUGGGUCGAACCCAAUCCGCUCCUCUUCCCCUCGGACAUCCCAUGCUAACCGGAGCCCCAGGCUCCGUGGUCAACAUCGGACAAACCCACUACGAGAACAGUGAUGCCGAACGACAAGCCUACGAGCAGCACAUGCUGAUGAAGCAGAAGAUCCGCCAGGCAGCGCUGUCGCGCGCCAACUGCGUCCGCGAGCCGCAGCUCAAGGAGGAAGUCGAAUCCGGCGAGGUGAUCGACCUGACGGAUAAAAAGCAACCACCCAAGACGACGGUGAUUACCUCGAGCAGCAGCAGUAGCGUAAUCAAGAGCACCUCCCAUACGACACUGCUGCGUGACUCCUCCGCGGAAAGUCUCCAGCAGCAGCACGUCGAGUUCCUGCAGGCUCAGCAGCGCGAGCUUGCGCUGCUGCAUCAGCAAUCGAUGCAGCUCGGUAUGCUGGAAGAUCCGUACAAUCGCACGCUGCUUCGGCCCCUUUCGCGAACCUCUUCUAGCCCGCUGGUUCACCUGGGAACGCCGGCCAGCAGUAACCACCCGGUUGCCCUGUCCGACACCGGCCAAGACGACAUUCCGCCUCCGGUUAAUCUGACCGUUCAAAACCGUAGCCGUUCGAUGUUGAACUACACCAACGAAGGGCUCACCAGUCCCGGUCCGCUGGCGUUGACCACCUCUUCAUCUGCUUCGGCCAUUCCCGUCCGUCUGGUGCAGCAGAAUGGAAAACUCACAACCGGCUUGGCCUUUGAUAGUCUCAUGCUGAAGCACUCGUGCGUUUGUGGCGACAAUGCCGCUCAUCCGGAGCACAGUGGACGGCUGCAAAGUGUUUGGGCUAGGCUGGUGGAAACUGGCCUCGCAUCCCGCUGUGAUAAGCUUCGUUCACGCAAAGCUACCCAGGAAGAACUGCAAACCGUGCACACCGAGGCGCAUUCCCUCCUCUUUGGUACAAAUCAAAUCAACCGUCAGAAGGUGGACGCCAGUCGGGUCAGUUUUGUCCGGCUGGCAUGCGGCGGCGUCGGGGUCGACCUGGAUACUACCUGGAACGAGCAUCAUACGGCGGCCGCGGCACGAAUGGCCGCCGGUUGCGUGAUAGAUCUUACCUAUAAGGUUGCUAAAAGUGAAAUCCAGAACGCCUUUGCCGUUGUCCGUCCUCCUGGCCAUCAUGCGGAACCGAAUGCUGCCAUGGGUUUCUGCUUCUUCAACUCGAUAGCCAUCGCUGGGAAGUUGCUACUGCAGAGACUUCCGGACGAAAUUAGACGUAUUCUCAUUGUGGACUGGGACGUUCACCACGGCAACGGAACCCAGCAGGUAUUCUACGACGAUCCGAACGUUCUGUACCUUUCGAUCCAUCGGCAUGACGAUGGAAAUUUCUUCCCCGGCACCGGCGGUCCAACGGAAUGCGGUACCGGACCGGGGUUGGGUUUCAACGUGAAUGUCCCCUGGUCGGGAGGGUUGAAUCCCCCACUGGGUGAUGCCGAAUAUUUAGCUGCCUUCCGGACCGUGGUUAUGCCGAUUGCCCGCGAUUUUCAGCCCGACAUUGUGCUCGUUUCGGCCGGGUUCGAUGCUGCUUUUGGCCACCCAGCGCCGCUGGGUGGCUACAUGGUUUCACCGGCUUGUUUUGGUUAUUUGACGCGGGAGCUGAUGAAGUUGGCUAAUGGGAAGGUGGUUCUGGCGCUGGAAGGUGGCUACGAUCUGCCGGCGAUUUGUGAUUCCGCCCAGGAAUGCGUUCGGGCUUUGCUCGGCGACGAACUGUCGCCGAUUGCGGCUGCCGAGCUGUCGAGGCCGCCCUGUCAGUCGGCCAUCGAAACCCUGCAGAAAACCAUUGCCAUCCAGAUGACCCACUGGCCGUGCGUAAAGCGGUUAGCUCAUACGGUGGGCCUGUCGGCGAUGCAAGCGGUAAGCGGUGCCCCCGAUCGGGAAGAGUCGGACACCGUCACGGCAAUGGCGGGACUGUCGAUGCAACCGCCCAACAGAACGUCAGACAUCUCCCGGGAGGACUCGGAAGAGCCGAUGGAUCAGGACGAAUCGAAGUAAACUGACUGACUGGCCUGCCAGCCGAAAGCGAGUUUUUUUUUGUGGCAGUUCGUUCUCCAGGUCCCGCCGCGCAGCAGCAGGAGCAGUGGUGGUGUGCAGCGUGCAGGUGUCGCCGCUACCGACCGUAACCGCCGAGUACAAAAGUACCAAGAGAUAAGUACCGUUUUGUUUCGCCGCACGCACGGCACGCAUUAUGUGUGCAUUAUUAGUUUCGAUCGUCGGUCGAACGAAAGGCCACAGUCAGCGCGGAAGAUCUGGGAUAGAACGAACGAACAAUUUUUGUUUUCUAUCGACGACAUAAAAUAACAACACACACAUACAGUCAGACAUACAAAAUGAAAAAAAUACCUAAAUGUAACAAUGUUUGGAUGUGAAAACUGAAACUAGGAAAUGUUACCUCGUUCGUUGUGUGAGGGGGGGGCAAUGAGCAAAUUGCGUGUUUUAAAGCAGAAACAAAAAACAAGGCUAGAUACACAACAAAUUUACACGGAGAAAAAGAGCGGUGACCGUAGGAGAUAGAGCAGAUUAUGAACGUUAUUUAUAAAGAACUGAGUUAUUUUCUAGCAUAUUUUUGGUAGAAUAUGAAUCCGGUAGUUUCGCGCCCCCAGUUUGGAGGAACGUGGGCGAGAACCAUUUGUAACGUUAAAACAGAGACGAAAAAAAAAAUGAAAAAAACACUAUUAUUCAGGGAAAUAUUUGCGUGGUUUAUAGAGGGAGAUGUUCUCCGAACGAAUCGUCCGGAACGGACGCCAUCGGUUCGGAGUUUAUUUUGUCGUUUAGGAACUUUCUAUCAAUGGAGAAGAUUUAGAAGAAGAAAACAAUCCUCUUAGUACGGGUCGCGAAUGGCGCGAAUGGAUGCGUUUGGCAAACAGUUUCCAACAAGCAGUUUCGUUUCGCGUUGCCCUUCGCGAAGCGGUAUGCUUUGGUGAAAGUAUAUAAAUUCGCGGGACAGGAUAGGAUCAGGUAGUUUAGAAGAAUUUUAAAUUGUUGUUAGGGGAAGUAAAAAGUUUUUUUGCUCGACGAAGGCAAGCUGAAACCGCAGGUUGGAACUGUCGGUGAGUAUGUUUUGAACCAGUGGAAAAGUUCGGCUUUAAUUUUGUUUUUCCUAACUUACUCGUUGUUAGCUGUGUCGCACUGUGAACGAAUACUAAGAGGAAGACAAAUAUUUUGCUGUUUGCUAAACUUGUGAAUGUGAAGGCAACCUCGAUGGAAAUGUUUGUUCUAAAACCAUUAUUCAACAAUUGAAUAUUACAACAAAAAAGAAGAAAAAAGUAGUUGAACAAAAAAAAAAUUAGAAUUCUUAUUAACAAGAGAUAAAAAAAGUACGUUUGUUUUACAAAAUGCAAAUAAAACGGUAAUUACAAAGUAAUUUUUAUAGAAAGCUAACUAGUUGAUAGUUGUUGCCUCAGAAAGUCAAACUAACUUUGGGGUAAAAUGAUUUUCCUAUACAUUUCUGACAGUUAAAAUCGCGUAUUUUUAUCACUCUUUUUUUCAAGAAAUAUUUUGAAUUAAAACCAAUUCUUCCAUAGUCAUUUUUCUCCCAGAGCCGUUGGAGCUCUUACGAAAUAGCAAAAAAAACCCUAGAAAUCCUCUUACAGAGUCUCAGAAGAUUUUGCUCAACCCAUCCACUGUAUGCUUCGCCCUGAGCCACCAUAAUUAUGCUUCAAAGUAAAACGACAAAAGAAUAGUGCUGCUAACCAGUAGUAUGUCAGUCCACACGAGAAACAAAAAAAAACGUUAUAACUGCUGCCAUCAAACAAUAAUCUAAUACCUAACAAAGGAACCUAAACCCGCGCUGAAACAAACAAACAUUAAAAAACAACCUAUUGAGUGUCACAGAGAACGUGUGUUUUUAGCUACCGUACUAAAUAAGCAACUGAAUGUGCAAGAGUAAAACAUAAAAAAAAUAUGGCAAAACCUAAAUUUCAACAGAGAAAAAAUAUUUAUAGUGAAUAUUAAAAGAAAAAAAAACAAAAGAACAUCCGAACAAGCGAAUAAGAAACUAUUUUUAACAGUUUAUCUUUAAAUAAAUGUUGAGUGACCUUAAUGUAUACCAACGAAACAAAACAAACAAAAAAAACAAAACAAAGAAAUUAAAGCAGAUUAUAAGAAACAACAGAAUUUAUAAGCUUUCAAACAAAACAACGGCGGAGAAGAAAAAGAAGGAGAACGAGAGAUACAACCAACCAACCAACCAACACACAGACACACACAAUGUUAGAACAUUUGAACGUUUAGAAAUAUUUGAACAGAUUUUUGCCUAUACUGUUAUCGCAAAGCACACACACACACUCACACACUUACAGACACAUUUGAAAUACAAACACAAUUAAGCCUGUCAUAGGGGGAGGCCCCUAUUAUGGGGGUCGAGUCGAGCCAGGUGAUUCGGUCGACUCGACCCACGUAAUAGGACUGACCAUUGAAGGCACGCGGGUUUGUCCGUAUCUAUUUUUGCCCGGUGGAAAGGUACCAUUGAACCGUUCAAAGUUUAUCCUUAAAUCGUGUUGUUAUUUUUGUGAGUCCGAUUGUACUAAAAAAAAGCUAUCACUCAACCCGAACCCGCUGGAUUCUACUAGAGAGCUAGUUUUUUUUGCGGGCGUUUAUCAACAAAGUGUACUAAACAGAACACGCAAGCGCUUUGUGAGCGUGUGUGUAACUACCGUAGAUGAAAGAUGCGGCAGACACAGACAGACAGAGCAGAGAGCAGAGUAUAUUCUUAAAUAUUUUGUACUAAAAACUUCGGCUUGCCGAAAAAAAGAGCAGAACAGCAAAACAACACAACCAAUAGUUUGUAGUGAAGAUUUGUCAAGUGCUGGACACUUUUUUUGUCUUUUUGUUGAAAUUACACAGAACACACACACACACUCACACUCAUUCACACAUAACUAAUAAUAUAGAUGAUGAUGAUGAUGAUAAAGAUGCUGAUGAUUGUGCAGUGAAUUAACCGAAACUCGCAGCCAGCAGCCAGUGGGCGGCUGCGAGAUGUGAUAUUGUUUUCUUAACAAAAAAAAACUUUUAAUAACGAAGAAAAUUUGCAUUUCUACUUUCCCUGCAUCCCAAACAACAACUACAACAACAACAUUUCAUGCUUCCCGUUUGUUUUUUAUCAUCCCACUUCUCUCACAUUAUUAUCCCACUGAAUCGAAAAAAUUAUCGUCGAAACACUUCGAAGUCACACGAACACACUAACACAGCGGAAACAACAGAACAAAAAAAAACAACAACAAACAACCAACAGUUGUUUGUUGAAAGAAACAUUUGAUGAAACGAAUGAAUACGCUUUUGUUGUAUCACUAAGUAACAAACAAAACAAAACAAAACAAAUGUAGUAGGAGAAUUAAAAGUAAAAAAGAAAACCUCAAACAAAACAAACCAACUCAUAUUUAGCAAAACAGAAAACCGAAAGAAAAAAAAACGAAAACAAAAACAAAUGAAAGGAAAGCGAAGAAAAUACACUUUUGGAAACUAGUAGACGUUAAGGAAUUUAAGAGAAAAAAACACGUAAGCCAGAAUUAAAAAUCAAACAUUCCUCUUUUAAAGAAAGUAAUUUAUAUGUAUAGAAAAACCGCAAAGGAAGAGAAAAGCAGGAGAAGAAGAAGAAAAAAGCUAUUGGAGAGAAUGCACACACUUUACGAAUGUUUAUUUUUAGUUAACUCACUGUCUAAGUUUAAGCAAUGUUACAAACAAACAAAAGAAAGAAGAAAAAAGAGAAAAAACUACGACAAUAAGUUGUGUAAAUAGUUGAAAACCCUGUGGGCUUUCGCCGGUAGGGUGGUUCGAUCGAUCGCGAAUGUCGCGUUCCCCCAGCCCCGUUCCCAUCCCCGUUCGGCUCUCGCCACUCGGCUCAGCGUGACGUGCAAACGAGUCCCCGACCGCCGCGGAAACUACCGUUGAAUAAGCCAGUUCUUUUUAUUUUUUGCAUCCAUCUGUCAUCACGGUCGCCAUGUCGGUCACGCGGUCGCCAUGUUGCAAGUGCCGAGAGGAAUUAUCGUAUUGAGGAGAGAGAGGAGCGAGCUCUCCAAAAGCUAACAAACCAAAGCCAAAUUUCCGUGCGCUGUGGUGGCUCGUUUGAAUGUCGCCUGAACCGAAAGAAAAACCUCCUGGUCGCGGAGACGGGGGUUCGUCGAGCACGUUUGAAAUAUUUGCCAUAUAUUAGUUACACGGAGCACCACCCUACCGUGUUGGCUUCCCUAUUUCCUUAUGUUAGACUAACGGUACUCCUUUCAUUACUAUUAUUAUUAUUAUUAUUAUAUUAUUAUUAUUACCAUUAUUAUUAUUAUUUAGCUAUAUAGAGAGCGUUCAAUUUUAUUCAACUGUUGCUGUUUAUAUUUUUUGUACUAAAACGAUUGAAACAGAGUUUAUUUUGUUUCCGAAACAAAACACUCCUCCAUAGAAGAAGCAAAAAAAAAAUCAUCAAAACAACACCCUACACACAGAUACAGAAGAGGAAAAACGAAACACUCCUAGAGUGACGACAUCAGAAGUCGGGACAGACGCGAAACGAUUAGCUAGUAAAAUUUAUACCGGCGAGGGUGCGCUUGACCCCGCGCUCUCCCGUGUGAACGAGUGCAAAACAAAACAAAACAAAAGAACAGAGAAAUAAGUAGGAAGCGAUACGAGUAAAGUAGAUCGAUCUAUUUAAGACAAACAGAGAGAGAGAAAAAAAAACUAUGUGCAACUAUAGUUAGGAUAUAGGCUGAAAGCUAUUUGUUUAUGGUCGUCGUCGUCAUAGUCGGAACUAAGAAAGUAUAGGAAUGUGAUGGUAUAUUUUUUUUGGCUCGCAAAAUUUUGUACCACAACGCAAAGCCAGAUCAGAUCAGAUCAGAUCGGAACGGUCUUCUCAUUUUACACACAAACAUACACUCGAACACAUCAAAACCCAAUUCUCUCUUAUUAUUCGCGAUCAUCAUCCUAAGUAGAGUUCAACAACAUGCCCGUAUUAAAAUACGUACUAAAUCUAAGAAGAAGAAAAAAAAGUCACGUGGAAACAACCGCCCAAUCUUGCUGUACUAAUGACCUGUUCUAAUAAACAAAAACAAAACAAAAAAAAAACUGUACUAAAAACGAUUAGGAAGCACAACAACCGCAACCAAAAUGUGUGGUAAAAUAACGAGAGAAAGAGAGACAGAAUCAGACAGACAAACAAUCAGAUUUCAAUCUCGUAGCAAACAAAAAACCAAUCAAAUGAAACGGAAACAGAGGAUGCGUUGAAUGGUUUGAAACACAAUAGAAAGAAAGAGCCGAAGCAAGCAAGGAAUAGAAUUCCUUGACAAAAAAAACAACAACAAAUGGCGAAAGAACAAAUCGAGCGUCGAGAAGAGUAGGAGUAUGAAAAAAAAACCUGUUGUAGAAAUCAGUAAGGAGACAACCAACCAACCAACAAACAAACAAACAAACAAACAUACAUUGAUGAUGAUCGUUUUGUGUUACACGGAAAUUAAAUAAAUAUGCGAGAAAGCAA